UUCCUGGUCAGAUGUUGUAGCAAUGGCGGCGGCUGCACGGUUUCUGUCGAGGAGUGCAAGCAUUAAGAGUGCUAUUUCUAACGUGAAUGGAGGGGUGCACAGUUGUUUGGGUAUUACCCUUGUGAGACUAUCCCCAAACGGCACAUGCAGUUCAAGAACACAGAGGAGGCAUGUUUCCCAUUUCACCUUUCAGCCUGACCCGGUGCCCACUCAAUAUGGGCCCACUCAGAAGAUGAACUUAUUCCAGUCAGUAACUAGUGCCUUGGAUAACACACUUGCUACAGAUCCCACAGCAGUCAUCUUUGGGGAAGACGUUGCUUUUGGUGGAGUGUUCCGCUGCACAGUUGGCCUUCGAGAUAAGUAUGGUAAAGACCGCGUGUUCAACACUCCCCUUUGUGAGCAAGGAAUUGUGGGAUUUGGAAUUGGUGUUGCCGUGGCAGGAGCUACAGCCAUCGCCGAGAUCCAGUUCGCUGAUUACAUCUACCCAGCAUUCGACCAGAUUGUAAACGAGGCUGCCAAGUACAGGUAUCGCUCAGGAAAUCUGUUUGACUGUGGGAACCUGACCAUCAGAGCCCCAUGGGGUUGUGUGGGCCACGGCUCACUCUACCACUCACAGAGCCCUGAGGCCUUCUUCGCCCACUGCCCUGGCAUCAAGAUCGUGGUCCCCAGGAGUCCUGUUCAAGCCAAGGGCCUUCUCCUCUCCUGCAUCGCUGACCAGAACCCCUGCAUUUUCUUCGAGCCCAAGAUCUUGUACAGAGCAGCAGUGGAGCAAGUCCCCACAGAACCCUACACCAUCCCCCUAUCACAGGCCGAGGUUUUGCAAGAGGGAAGUGAUGUCACGCUUGUUGCCUGGGGAACGCAGGUCCACGUGAUGAGGGAGGUGGCCACUAUGGCUCAGGAGAAGCUGGGCGUUUCCUGUGAACUCAUCGAUCUGCAGACCAUCCUGCCCUGGGACACGGAGACGGUCUGUAAGUCGGUGGCGAAAACAGGAAGACUCCUGAUCAGCCAUGAGGCUCCAGUCACAGGAGGCUUUGCUGCAGAGAUCAGCUCUACGGUGCAGGAGGAGUGCUUCCUGAACCUGGAGGCCCCCAUCGCCAGGGUGUGCGGCUACGACACGCCCUUCCCCCACAUCUUUGAGCCCUUUUACAUCCCUGACAAGUGGAAGUGCUUCGACGCGGUCAAGAGGAUGAUCAACUACUGACCCCCCGCUCCCCUUCCUCCCUUGUGUGCUUAGGAGCUGCUGAAAAUAACCAUUAGGACCUACAACAUGUCUCCUCUCCUCCCCUCUGCUCUGCCCUCCUCCCAUCGGUCUCUGGCCAAGCCAGAGCGAGGUUACCCCAAUGUCAUCCAGCAAGAUCGCUGAACAAGCACAGACUGUUACUAUGGAGCCAACAAGACCCUGGGGAACCUUUUAAACACGUUUUGGGAAAUGAACUUUGGAACUCAGCCCUUAGAGAGCAACGCGCGAUUCACCGACACUAACAUGUAGAUAUUCUAUUGGUGUGAUAGCUGAAUGUCUCUCUUUUUCACUCUAGCAUUCUGCUCUUUCAGCUAAAUGUGUUGGUGCCUUCCUUCUGUCAGUUGCUCUGUUUUGUUGUGAUCUCAUGUCAUCUUGUCUCAGCCAUGCCACUGGGAAAGUGUGUUGUGUGUUUUUUUUUUUUUUUUUUUUUUAAGAAAUAAAGUGUUUCAUUUUGCAGUGUCACAACUUCAUAUGCUGGAG